CGCACUGAGUCGACGCCAAGCCCUUCUGCGCUGGUUUGGUGGCGACGCUGCACUCUCCUCCGCCGUUUCCUUCGAUUGCCGUCAUGUUAUCGAUCGAGGAGUCCAAAAACCUCUUCGCCUUGCUCGAAUCAGAGUCGAAGUCCUUCGAUGAGAUCGUCGCUGCUUACCAAUCGCAGUUCCCACGGGAAGCCCGGUUUAGGGUUUGCUCCUCCCUUGCUAUCCUCCUCGAGGAUAAGGUUUUGUUGAAGCCUAGUCAGCGUUUGGUUGCAUAUGCUAUACUUCAUCAGACUUAUUCCUCUAAUCCACCAUCAUCAAAUCCGUUUAUUUCAUUACUUGUAAAUGCAGCAAGUGAUGAUACCUCAGUAAAAAUGGAGAUGGCGUUUAUUCAACUUUUACUCGGAUCUAUAGGUGGAAACAAUAACAGAGAGGUCAUGAAGCUGUCGGCUGUUGAUUACAUCAAAGGAUUUGAUUCUUCAUCCUAUGAAUUGUUUCAACGUGAACAGCUGCAGAAGCUAUAUGAUGAUGGUGUACAGUCCAAAUCAUAUUAUAGCAUUUUCCAAGCUGCAUCUGUCAAAAAUAUUAUUCCAGAUCCAGAUAUAUCUAUCGGCAUUGAUGCCACUCCAUAUGAGCCAAAGCUUUCAGCUGCAGGAACAAAACCAAGAAUUGGUUCUGAUGAUAGAGGCAAUGCUAUAUUAGGUUUAAUGCAAAACUUGUCUGUUGAAGGAUUGGGUCCACAAUGGAUAAGGCCUGCACCACCGAUGCUCCCAGUGUUAGAUGGAGAACUUAUAUGGCUCAAUCCUGACAGCAAUCAUGAGCUUUUGUGGGAUUAUGGCAUGUGUGCUGACACCAGUCGAGGGGCUGCAGUGAGAGAUUUGAUUGCUAAAGCAUUAAAAGGCCCACUUGCACCUGCCCAACAAGAGCAAUUUGUGUUAGAACUUGCAAAGGAUGCGAAACUCGUCUAUCAUUGUGGACUUACUCCUUCAAAGCUACCGGAUCUUGUUGAGCACAACCCACUUAUUGCUGUCGAAGUUCUUUCAAAGUUGAUGAAUUCUCCUGAAAUUUCAGAGUAUUUCACUGUUCUUGUGAAUAUGGAAAUGAGUCUACACUCAAUGGAAGUAGUCAACAGGCUGACAACUGCAGUUAAUCUACCAACUGAGUUUGUACACAUGUACAUCACUAACUGUAUAGCAUCAUGUGAAAACAUAAAGGACAAGUACAUGCAAAACAGACUGGUGAGGUUGGUUUGUGUCUUUCUGCAAAGUCUUAUCAGAAACAAGAUAAUCAACGUUCGUGAUCUCUUCAUAGAAGUCCAGGCCUUCUGCAUUGAGUUCUCACGUAUCAGGGAGGCUGCUGGCCUGUUCAGACUUCUCAAGACCUUGGAGUGAUCAUACAAAUUCAAAUGUUGCUUUCUCCCCAUUUUGUACAUCCUGCCCAACACAUCCUUGCCGAGGGUUUUGUGUUUUCUUCUUUCGUUCAUGGACCUUUUGGAACAUUGUGCCAUAGACUUUUGCAUCAUGCUGCUGCUCCAUAAGCUUCUUGAGUUUGGAGAGUAAAAUUUAAGCGAUUUCACAUACCAUGUUGGAAAAAGAAGUCAUGUUUCAUGCAUUCUCUAGAUGAAGUGUCUUCUCGCCAUUGGUUCAGUGUAUGCUUGAGUUCUACUCCCCUUAAUUCAUGCUUUAACUCUUA